AUGGGGAGAAACAGAGGGAUAGUUCUAAUUUUGCAGACUCGCAAGGUGAACUUGUCAUUGAAGUCAUUGCAAUCAGCUCUAAAACGGUUGAGGCCAAAAGGGGGCCAACUUUCUAUGCUUCGUGUGGUGCAUCGCUAUUUCUAUCCUUAA